UCCCUUUCUCCCAUCCAUGCCCAACCCUUGGCUGACGGCGCGAGGCUCCGAACGCUAGCCCGUUGGCGUAAAAAGUGCAUAAAGAUCCCCCUUUCCGUCGGCUGAUGGAAACCUAAACUGGAGACAAUUUACACUCGAUCAACCAGGAACUCAAACGCAUGGACGUCAAGGACCCAAAGGAUCCGAAAGAACGAGGUGGGAGCCGCAUUCUUAAACGAGUCCUUCUUCACAAAAGGAGAUUUGCAAGUGGCCGGCAGCACAUGAAACACUCCUUAGUCGUGAGGAAAAGGAAGUCAGAGCCCCUGGCUCAGCUCUGGGCAGAUACAGAACGGCUACCACAAAAAUAUUUCCCGGAGAGAGCAACCAAAGGGCUUGUAUGCAUGCAUGAACUGGACACAGACCCACGCCCGCCUGGGACAGACAGGCCCCUGCCGCUCCGGGAAGCCGGCGGGGAGUCUUCAUUCCCACCGUGAAAGGCCUCGCUGGGAGGGACGCUGCCGGAACCCCUCUUCCCUGCCACUGGCAGCAGCAGCAAGAAGUGACUGGAGGGGGGGAAGAGCAAGACUUGAGUUACCAGCUGCGUGAAGCGAGAGACGGCGGCCGUGAUGAUCCAGGCCUGGUGGCGCGGCAGCCGGGUGCGCCAGACGCUGCUGCACGCGGCGCUGCGGGCCUGGGCCAUCCAGUGCUGGUGGAGGUCGGCGCAGGCCAAGACGCUGGAGCAGAGGCGGCGCCUGGCGCUGCGGCUCUACACCUGCCAGGAGUGGGCGGUGGUGAAGGUCCAGGCCCAGGUCCGCAUGUGGCAGGCCCGCAGGCGCUUCCUCCAGGCCCGCCAGGCGGCCUGCACCAUCCAGUCCCACUGGCGCUGGCACGCCAGCCAGACCCGGGGCCUGCUCCAGGGCUGCUACGAGGUCAAAGCCAGCCACCUGGAGCUGGACAUCGAAAUCCUCAUGGCCUAGGCGCCCGCCGGCAGAGCCAGGGGGCUGGAUCUCUCUUCCAAUAAAGAUGCUUACUGCCCGGCC